AUGAUUAUAUUAUUUUCUUCUAUAUUUAUUAUUUUUUUCUUUUUUGCUUUUCGAGGACUAAUUAGAAGAAUUAAAGUUAAUAAUCUAGAACAUAAAUCUGUGUUAAUCACAGGGUGUGAUUCUGGAUUUGGAUUUGAUUUGGCUAUAAAAUGUUUUAAUAAAGGAUUGUGUGUUUUUGCUGCUUGCCUUAGUGAUGAGGGAAUGAAAGCACUUGAAAAAGAAGCCUCAAAACAAAAAGAGAAAGCAAAUGGAAUUCUACAUUUAUUUCAAAUGGAUGUUAGAAAUGAAAAAUCCGUAGCCAAUGGUCUUAAAUUUGUAGAAUCAAAAUUGUCGAACAAUACAGGAAUUCAUGCACUUGUCAACAAUGCCGGAAUUGUUGGCAAUACUGCAUGGGAUGAUUGGCUUGUACCAGAUGAUUAUCAACAAGUUUGGGAAGUUAACACUAUGGGAAUGAUAAGAGUAACUCAAUUAUUCAAACGUUUAAUUAAAUUGGAAAGAGGUUCGAGAAUUAUUUUUAUGGCCAGUACAUGUGCCCGUGUUGCUAUACCUACACUUGGACCUUAUAAUGUUUCGAAAUAUGCUAUAGAAGCUUAUGCAGACACAAUCCGAUCUGAAUUAUUAAUUUUUGGUGUUAAAGUUUGUAUAUUAGAACCAGGAUUCUUCAAAACUCCCCUAACUAGCGUUGAAAGAAAUUUGGCAAUGUUUGAAAAACUUUGGUUAAGAGCUUCAGAAAAUGUAAAAAAUGAUUAUGGGCAACAACUUUACGAAUUUAGUAAAAAGAAUUUAUUAUUUCUCAUUGACCCAAAAAAUCUAAGUUCCAAAACAGAACUUGUUGUCAAUGCUUAUUGGGAAGCAAUUAGUUCUGAAUGGCCUAAAAGAAGAUAUCAAAUUGGAAAUGAUUUCAAUUUUUUCUUUUUACCCUUUGCUUGUUUGCCCGCAGAUAUUCAGGAUCUCUUUUACAAAUUAGCUUCAAUAAUUAUUCAAACACCAAAACCUCAACUUUUAAUUAAUUUAAAUAAAUUUAGAGAAAUUAAAAUAACUAAGGAAGAUGAGAAAAGUGAUAAAUUUACAAAAAUUAAUGGAAAUUAG